AUGUUUCGCCGUCUUUUUCGUCAACAUUUUUCUUUUGCAACAGGAUCAUAUUCCGACGCAUGGCGUUGCGGUAUGGGGAUAGAGGGAGGUGGAUUGGAAUGGGGAAGCAAUUUUUGGGUGUGCUUUGUCAAGGCUUGGGGCAAUCGGCAGGUGCGACUUCUUUUAUACGGGUUCUAUGUGGCCAUGGGGAUGGAAUGCCUCUCUGCAUUGAUGGAAUAG